AUGGUGCGCCUAACGUAUGCUUCUUGGGACACUAAUUUUCAAGUGCUAAAUAUAUGUUAUGCGGGCAAGGCUAUUGCCGUUUGUCUCCGUGAAUUGAUUGAAAAGACUUCCGUGAUUCAAGUGCUUCCAACAACCGAAGAAGGUAAUUGGCGCAACAACAAACUACCUCGAGACUACGAACGCAUGAUGCAGAAGAUCAUGUUCCGUGUUGGACCAACCACCAUAGCAACCAAGCGUCUCCAUAGAAUGUGCAUGAAAAAGCGGGAGGCGAAAUUCAGUGAGACCGCCCGCAUGUCUACUCCUCAGGGUCGCGAAAUGGUCUACCGCCGCCUUCUCAACGAAAAACCCACACUCUGGCCUUUUGCAAAAUAG